AUGGCCGCAGCUCCCAGCAGCGCUAAGAUCAUUGGCCCGCCUUCACAUCCACAGUGUUUAGAUGUGAAGGAUUCCACCUGUCUGGCACUAUCGACCCACAAAUCUUUCCAAUUCGCAUCGAAGAUUCACGCAAAGCGAGCGCUCAGACCACCUAGUGGUCGCCUGUGGAGUAAGUGGCGAGAGCUGCAAGGAGCUGACAAUUGGCUGGGAUUGCUGCUCCCGUCACCCCGCAAAGCCGUGGAUAGCUACCAGGAUGGCGACGCCGCAGGGCCAUGCAGCGAUUUCAUAGACGAGGAGCUACGGCGCGAGAUUCUCAAGUACGGCGAUCUGUCUCAAGCCUGCUACGAUGGAUUCGACAACGACGACCACUCGCGCAGGCGUGGAAAUUGCCGCUACAGUCCCAGCGAGCUCCUGGGAAAGACUGUAGCCGCGCGGGACCAAGAGUACGAGAUCACCAAAUAUCUGUACGCCACCACGGAUCUAGAGCUGCCGAGAAUCUUUCCCAGGCCAAGAGCUAGAGACGAGGAGCAAGGAGAGCCAUGGAGCCGAGAUUCCAAUUGGAUGGGCUUCGUGGCCGUGAGUCGUCCGUCUUUGACUGCCGAGAUUGGCCGGCGGCACAUCGUGAUCGCGUGGCGAGGAACCGUGACUGGCGUGGAGUGGCUGGAGAAUCUCCAGGACUAUCUCAUGCCAGUGGGUUUGGAUCCGCGGGACAGAUCCACGGCGGGCGUCAAGGUGGAGAGUGGCUUCCUCGACAUCUACACGGCCAGCAAGUCCCGGAGCCGAUACAACAAGUUGAGCGCGCGGCAGCAGCUCAUCUGCGAGCUCCGCCGCCUGAUCGCCCAGUUCCAGGCCGACGGCGAGGCGGUGAGCGUCACGGUCACUGGCCACAGCCUCGGCGGCGCGCUGGCGCUGCUCAGCGCCUAUGAUCUCGCGGAGCUUGGCAUCGCCGGGGAUAAGACCCAGAUCCCCGCCACCGUCGUCUCCUUCUCCGCACCGCGGGUGGGCAAUCGCUGCUUCGCCGCGCGGUGCCGGGAGCUCGAUCUCAAGGUCCUGCGCGUCGUCAACACGCGGGACAUCGUCCCAAAGGUCCCCGGGAUCUUUGUCAACGAGCAGCACCAGUGGAUGAGUGGCGCCAUCGGGGAGAUGAUUCCCUGGGCAUAUUCGCACGUCGGCACGGAGGUGGCGCUCGACUGUGGCGUGUCACCGUACCUGAGGCGUGGCGCGAACCUGGCGGGAUGGCACAAUUUGGAGGGGCUCUUGCACCUCGUGGAUGGAUACAGGGGGCCGUACAGGGGGUUUGAGCCGUCUGGGAGGAGGGAUCUGGCUCUCGUGAACAAGGACUCGGACUUGCUGGAUCCGAGUCUUGGAAUUCCCAGCUUCUGGGGAUCCAAACAGCCCGUGCCAUUCACAUUUUCUCUACAACCUGCCAGAUGAUUGAAGUUCAUCAAGAAAUUUUUUUCCAAACUUAGACAGACGAAUUAGAGGAUAGAAAACGUUGAUUGAUGCAAAAGAAACGCUGACAAAGGUACUCUAGAGAUUCCUCUAAGAUUCGA